UAAAUGUGGCCCGUUGACCCGGAGGGUCCUGGUCGGUCCGUCCCAGUUUUCCUCGUUAUCAUCAUCAUCAUCAUCAUCGUCAUCUCCUCGUCCUCAUGGCGGCUCGCGAGGACAUCAGCGAGGAGACUUCCAAAGUCAAGUUGUUGUCUUCCGCUUUCGGGAGCGACAAGUCCAGACUUCACGGUUCUGGGUUCCGGUCCAAAGGCUUCGCCAUCACGGACCUGCUGGGACUCGAGUCGGACUUGCAGGCUGCGCGCCAACAGCCCGGGUCGGGUUCCGCAGCGGCUGUGGAGCCUCAGGGCGCCGGCGGAGGAGUCCUAGGAGGCGGCUUCUCCUUCCCGGGCGGCUCACUUCCGCUGGGUCUGGGCUUCCUGUGCAGCCUGGCUGCCCAGCAGCCCCCCGGGGCGCCGUGCUUCCUGCCCGGGCACCUGCCCCUCCUCCAGGCCCGGCCGGACGGCCACUACCUGCACAGCCUGGAGGCCCAAAGGGACGCCUUCUCCGACGAGGAGGUUCUGUCAGACCACAACGAGUCCAAAACCUGUGGAAGUUCCCAGAAGAGGAAGAAGCGUCGACACAGGACCGUGUUCACGUCCCACCAGUUGGAGGAGCUGGAGAAAGCCUUUCACGAGGCCCACUACCCGGACGUGUACGCGCGAGAGAUGUUGGCAGUCAAGACCGAGCUGCCCGAGGACCGCAUACAGGUGUGGUUCCAGAACCGGCGAGCCAAGUGGCGAAAGCGUGAGAAGUGCUGGGGUCGCAGCAGCGUCAUGGCCGAGUACGGUCUGUACGGCGCCAUGGUACGCCACUCCAUCCCGCUCCCGGAGUCCAUCCUCAACUCCGCCAAGAGCGGAAUGAUGGGCUCGUGCGCGCCAUGGCUGCUCGGUGAGCCGCAUGCACGAAUGCACAAGAAGUCUUUGGAAAUGUCCAAAAAAUGUCCCACUUCCAGUCCUCCGGAUUUGGACUCGAAACGUUCCGACUCGUUCUGCGAUGCCCCCGAGGCCCGGGAGGCUGCUCGGGAGGCCCGGGAGGCUGGUCGUGUUCGCACCGGGGAUGAGGAGCUGCUUGAGGAGGAGGAGGAAGAGGAGACGGAGAUGGAGAUGGAAGAGGAGGUGGCGAUGGACUUAUCCAGCUCCUCCAAACAGCCGCAAGAGGAAGUCAGCGCCUCGCUAAGGCCCACCUCCUCGCCGCCGCGGCGGCACAGCGGCAGCAGAGCCGAUGAACGGACCUGAAGGUCUGCCCCGAGCAGGAAGCUCCCUCGUGGAGCCAUGGCAUCCUCCGUUACCGUGGCAACCUCAACAUUUGCACAUGAGCCUAACAUGCUAAGCAGUUAGCCUAGAGCAGCUAAAUGCUAACCAAGAGCGAGAAUGUGAACGCAGGGCGUGGCGAGCCGUGGGACGACUGGACCGUCUCAUUGUCGUUAAUUGUAGUAAAUGUUUAUUUAUUGAUUGUAUUGAUAAAGUGUUUUAUAUUGUCACUUUGUUUACUUUUGGUCUUGUCUGUGAUAUUUAAAAAAGUUUUUUUUCUAUCAUUGUAGCAGCAGCUGCUGCACAAUAAAGACAAAAAUAUUUUUGGAACCCCUUGUGGACCGUCGAU